AUGCCCUUUGGCGUAAAAAAUGCUGGAGCCACCGACCAACGGGAAAUGAAUGCUAUCUUCCAUGGCAUGAUAGGCAGGAAACUGGAAGAUGAUAAUGCUGGAAGAGAAAGAGUAGUCUACUACCUGAGUAAAUUACUGACAGAUACUGAUGGGCGAUAUUCCGUGGUGGAAAAACUCUGUCUUGCAUUAUACUUUAUUGAAAGUAUGAAAAUAAUACAACAGGCCAAUGGGCAGGCAGAGGCUUCGAAUAAGGUAAUCAUCUCUAUCUUGCAGAAAACUAUUGAUGAUAAUCCCAGAGCAUGGCACAAGAUACUACCAGAGACAUUAUGGGCCUACCGUAUAUCCAAGAGAACAAACACUGUAACCAGCCCUUUUGCUCUCACUUAUGGGCAUGAUGCAGUACUACCUAUGGAGUUGGUGGUCCCAUCUUUGGGGAUCAUGAAGCAACAUGAUCUAUCUGCUGAAGAAUAUUCAGAAGCUAUGAACAUGGAGCUAGAACAAUUGGAUGAAGGUAGGAUGGAGGCUUUGAACUGGAUGAUAGUCCAAAAGAAGAAGAUAGCAAAGGCCUACAACAAGAAAGUAAAGAAGAAAGUGUUCUAUGAAGGUCAAAUGGUGUGGAAGGUGAUCCUACCACCAGGAAUCAAAGACAGAGAAUUGGGAAAAUGGUCUCCAAUCUAG